AAAUUCCUGAGUUUAGAAGAAAAAAACAACCUUUCAAUUCCCCUCUCUUCUUGAGUUCUUUCCCACUAUUUGUAAAAGUUCUCACCUUUUGCAGUUCAAAUAGUACCCUACUACACUAAAUUGCUCUCCACAAAAACACCCGAAAAACAAAGAGAAAUAGAUUGAGAAAGGCAAAUUUUAUAAAUAAAAAACAUGGUUUCAUCACCCAAAACGAAUCAAAAACUACCCAUUAUUUGUGAAGUUUAUCAAAAGGUUGACGAAGAUGGUAACUCUAAAUUCAAGGCUAUGUCAAGAAAAGGGAUUUAUGCUGCCAUUUCUUACAUGUUUUGCGCCGUACUGUUGAUUAUGUUUAACAAAGCAGCUCUAUCUUCUUACAAGUUCCCAUACGUAAACGUCAUCACACUUCUUCAGUUGAUAUGUUCGUGCAUCUUUCUCUACAUAAUGAGACAAUGGAAUAUAAUAUCGUUCACAAAGGAUGUAUCCCUGAGAACAGUUGACAACCCAAUCAUUCUUGUACCCUUCAACACACUAGUUCAGACCCUUCCUCUCGCGCUAUCAUAUUUACUAUUCAUGCUGGUUUCGAUGGAAUCUGUUCGUGGCAUAAGUGUUCCCAUGUACACAACUCUGAGGCGUACAACUGUGGCUUUUACUAUGGUGGUCGAGUACCUGGUGUCACGUCAAAAACAUUCUCUUCUUGUUGUUGGCAGUGUGGGUAUCAUCAUACUUGGUGCAUUUGUAGCGGGAGCAAGAGAUCUGUCAUUCGACUUCUACAGCUAUGGAGUUGUCCUCUUAUCAAAUCUUUGUACUGCAAUCUACCUCACCUCUAUAGCUCGUCUUGGAAAAUCUAGUGGAUUAAAUAGCUUCGGUCUAAUGUGGUGCAACGGGAUCAUAUGUGGACCGAUUCUUCUGCUGUCGACAUUCCUUCAAGGCGACCUUCAGAAGUUGAUUAGCUUUCCUCACUUAUCAUCCCCCGGUUUUCAGAUUAAUGGGAUUCUUUUUCAGGCCGUCAUGCUUCUUUCCUGUGUCAUGGCAUUCUUUUUGAAUUACACUGUGUUUUGGAAUACAGCCCUUAACUCUGCACUCACGCAGACUAUUUGUGGCAACUUGAAGGACGUUUUUACUAUUGGACUUGGCUGGCUUCUGUUUGGUGGCCUUCCAUUCGACUUGUUCAACAUUCUAGGUCAAGGCAUCGGCUUCCUUGGUUCUUGUUUCUAUGCCUAUUGCAAACUCAAAGGGAAGUGAGGCUUUUAAGAUAGUACGAGUAGUUCUUAGUAGUCGAUAGUUACCGAUAUCGGUAAAAUUUUGAGGAGUGGUAUCCAAGAUCUGGGAUCGAAUGUCGUCUACACCAUUUGUUGGCUUGCCCUUCGAGGCUUUCUCUACACCAAAAAAACCUAUGUUACUUGGAUUUUGCUUGUGUCCAGAGGUCAUGUUCGGAUAUUUUUAAUGAAAAUUUUCCAUAGUUUUAGUUCAAAAUAUGAUAACAACUCUUAUCCAUGUUUCGAUAAUUAUGAGUAUGUGAGGUGAAAUGAAGAGUUCGAGUAAUAUACAUAUCAAAAUAAAUAAAUAAAUUUUGUGGACCUACCCAUUUAACAAUAUCAUA